AUGGAGCCUGCCAGACCCUCAUCUUCUGUCUCGACCUUUCCACCUGGAGGAAUUUCCUCGUUCGAUGACAGGAGUUGUUCUAACAGAAAAGACAUGCCCAGCGCAUGCUUCGCUGCACAGUCUGUGACCGCCGUAGAUGCACCGUGGAAAGGUGUCUCUUCUAGCGCGUCGGCGAACACCAUGAGUGAGAAAAAAAACGCUUUUGGGAACUCCUCCUCGUCUUAUCCGUUCUCCCGAGUCGGUCUCGCAGAGGCACCCCCCGCAAAUACUCAAGGCUUUUUCUGCACUCAACGGGCAGGAUUCCCGCCUGGCGAAAAGGCCUUUUUGCCAUCUUCCAGUUCGUGUCUCAUCCAUGGAGACAGCUUUUCAACGGCUGCCGGGGAGGACGAAGGCGACCCUGAAGCUUCUCUGCUUCUGAAGUGUCGGACAUCGAAAGCAAGCGGGUCUCGCGGGGGGAGUGCCGCGAGAAAUCCCGAUCUCUGUCAAUUCGAAGACGCUGACUCUGAGUUUUGUGCUUCUCAGACACCCUGCGAAGCGAAAAAACGGCAUUUUUCGGCCGAUGCAAAAAACGCUAACACGUAUGCGCUGCUCAAGAGCCAUGAGCCCCGUCUUGUCUCUUCCCUGCCGCCGCAGUCGGAAAGAGAUCAGGAGAAACGGAGAGAAAGUUCACAAAUGCUCGGCAGAAGGUGCAUUCUCGCCUUUGAAAAGGUGCAAACACAAAGUCAAAGAGAGAGCGUGGCGGGGCGCUUGCCUUCUGAACUAACCGAAAGAACCGCGGCCUCGUGCCUCGAUGCAGCGAGUGUAGGGAAUUUCUUUGAUGGUGGACUCGCAACGGGAAACGGAGAAUCGGUGGAACAGUUGGAAGUCUUUGGCGUCGCUGCAAAAAUCAAAGACGGGUUGUUUCUAGGCGACAGCUACGUCGCUCAAGAUCCGGAGUUCUUUGUCGCGAACAUAAUCACGCAUGUCAUCAACUGCAGCGACCAAACACCUAAUUUCUUCCACUCAGGCGGCAUCUCCUACCUCAACUUGCCCUGCCCUGAACAAGGACCUAUGGAGCGUCUGCUGGAUUCAGACGGCUUCCUCUCCAAGGCGAUUUUUGAUUUCAUUGAAAAAAGUCUGGCGCUGUGCGAAGGUUGUUUGGUGCACUCUGCGAGAGGUCAAUCCAGAGGAGCCACAGUUCUCAUUGCCUACUUCAUGCAAAAGUAUCUCUGGUCGCUUUCAAAAGCGAAAGAGUUUCUAGUCUCCAGAAGACCAGACCUCGAAAUGAACGCCGAACACUGGAUGCAGCUGCAGCAAUUAGAGUGUCGUCUCUGGAACUCGAGAGGUCCCCUGUCGCGCUCGUGGAGCAAUGUAUCUCACCGCUCUGACGAAGAAAUGCUCGUUUCGAACACUUACCUCAACUCUCUCGGUGCAGCAGAGGUGUCCGCCGUUUCGUCAACGUCUCUCCCCUCCAUUGGUUCAUCUCGUUCAGCAGAAUCGUUUCGGGCAUCUGCAAAUAAGCGCACUUUGAAGUGGCGAGACGGAGAAGACGACGCGUCCAGCACGUCCUGCAGAUCUGCCGGGAGAAAGUCCAAGACAGGAGCAAGACUCUCAAUCCUCAAAAAUCAGGUGACCACGAUGUUUGCAAGUGCAGCGAACGCAGCUGAUGGCCUCCGAACGUGCCCCGUGGCACAGAAUCCACAGGCGCAGGGAAGUCUCAAGAAGCCUGGCAGCCGGGACGAACUAGAAAUCGCAGAAAACACGAAGAAAGAGUUCGGUUUGCACUCAAAGGCCGCAAGUGCCUCUCGGCCCACGGAAAGUCACAAAUCGCACGGAGUCAUCAACCGAAAAAGCGACAGUCCGAGUGCUUUUUUGACACCCGAAUACGGAGACCUUUCCCGACAGCACCCAGCUGCACCUUUGUGUCCAACACCCUUCUCCCCACUGCUCGCUGAGGCACUUCAAGCUGCGAAAGGAUCUCAGAAAAGAUCCGGCAAAGAUUUUUCCUCGUACAUAAGUGCCGUGUUGGCGCACAAACCCAUCCCGAAGAGAUACGACAGCGGAUUUGCGGCGGGGGACAACUUGAUGACGGCGCGACUUUCUGGCGGCGUUCUCGCACCGACGCUGGCUUCUGCCGCUCGCGCGAAAGCUUCUCUGGGCACCAGAAGCGAAGAAAACAAGCAUUUUUUCCAGAUGUACACGACUGAGAAAAGUCGAUCUCGUAGCGCCCGGGCGUCAGCGCCAUCACAGUCGUCCCCAGGACCAGGCACUUCGUCUGCGGACUCGCGAGUUUUAAACCCUUACGAAAGAACCGGUUUUUCGACACACCAGCCCGCGCCGGCUUAUCUGCGAGUUCCUGGUAGAGUCCAUCGACUCGUGCCGAGGCAUUUGAGCAGAGCACCCUCCCCGACACCAAACUUCAACCGCGGAACUCUCGGCAAACCACGCUGGCGCCUGUGA